AUUAUUCUCCCAGCAGAGCAAGGGGCUUCUAAUUACUCUAUUGUAACUUCAUCUCAUUUUUUUUUUUUUUUAUAUUAUCAAGCUAGUCACGUUUCGCUCUUUCAGUUUGUAAAUUGUUUUGCCGUAAACAUCUUUGCCUUUACUAAUCUAUAUUUCUUCCUUUAGACGAGAUAGUAUAGCUCAUCUCAAACAGCUUCAUGUACUUUGAUAUACAGUAAAACAACACAAUAAUUUUUUUUUUAUUUUGAUACUACUUGCAAAAAUUUCUAACUUCGCUAAUGUUUCUUCCUCCUUUCUCUGGGUGAGAGUAUCCGAACCUAGAUAUGUAAAUGACUCCUCUACGUGAUCAGGACUAAGGACACCACUGCAACAAAGGAUGAACAAUUGGACCACAGCAGCAUUCUACAUCAGGGCACCCAGAUGAUGGUUCACGGCUACACGGUGCUUGAUAUUCCGUCACCCGUCGCCACGCACCAAACUUCGCUGCUGCAUGAUCAGAUACCUAGUAGACAUUGUGGGGAGAGUGAAUUGAACCGUUGGCGGCGAAGUUGCGAACAGCUGAUUCCUGGCGGGGACUUUGACGUGCGGAGUUUUCUGUUUUAUCAGUCCUGUGUUCUCUCUGUACUCUGUUGGUCUCACGUCCCUGAAGGAAGACGAAGAGUUUGUCAUCCUAGUGGUGACCAGCCUACUCACUGCUGACGGCUGGACAGGAUGGCACACCUUUCCUCUGAGGUGGUGUCCGCUGAGGCUUUAUCAAAUCACUUGAGUGAGAGCCUGCCUGUGUAUGUGUCCCAUCAAGAUGUCACCAAGCACCCCCAGCUGAGUCACCUCCUGGAGGACCUGAGCCUCCGCCUCACCCCAACAGGUGUCUUCAGGGGCACACACACGCGCCUCAUGCAUGCCUCUGCCACCCUCAAGCAUGCCAGGGUGAAGUAUCUAGAAGCAGCCACACUGCACCGGGUGUCCCAGGAUGUACUUCUGAACAUGUGUGAUGGGGAGAAUAAGAAGGAAAGGGGCAUGAGAAAGAUGCUGGAGGCUGUGACUUUAUCAGAGCUGCAGGACCACCUGGUGCUGGUACAGAGCAGUCCAGAGGCACAAGAGGAAAGUGGAGGCAACAAGGAGCUCACACUGUUUGGCAUCACUCCCGAGGAUGUGCUGGCCCGCUGCAAGGCUCUCAAACCAGAGCUUUACAUCAAAGACUUGAGCUCAGCAAUGGAAACUUUUCUUGAGCAGGAAUGGAUCAAAAUAAGUUCAUUUUUAAAUCCCAUUGAUUUUGAAGGCUGCGACUCACAAGACAGUACCAGGGUUGUUGAACACUUGGAGAACACCAAGCAGAGGCUGGCUGAGGAAAGCAACAAACUCACCCAUUGUGUGAUUCAGACACACCACUUCAGUCAGAAGGUGUAUGGCCUUCUGUUUGAGUACAGCAAGAUAUUGAAGAGCCUUGUGUCAAAGCAGCGACUCUCUCUCUAUCCAGCACAUCAUUUGGCCAACUCCCUCGUCACUCUCAAAACUCACUUUCUGAAGCUGAGGUGUCUUGAGUUGGAAAUUUUAACAGCAACUUACAACAGUCAGUCUGUCCGGGCCCUCAAGUUGCUGCAGGGACAUUUGCUGCAGCGAAGAACACAAGCUGAGGAGUCGCUUGCAAAACUGAGACAUGCUAUGGAUGCCUACAAACAUUUAGAUCCAAAGUUCCAGGACUUGUUAAAGGAAUACUCCAAGCUGCAGGAAGAUAUACGCUUUGCUAAGAUGUCUUCAGAUAUUGGCAGCCUCUGAACCCGUGGAAUCACAGUAAAAGUAAUAGGAGACAAAGGGGAAGACUGACAGCGGCGUGGCGAGGCUGCAAGCGGAGGAGCCUUUGAGUGACGCGACGGGCGGUGGACGAAUAUUUGCUGUUGUUUAUGUUCCUGCCCCCGUGUUGUCCUUGGCUGCUGCUCCCGUCACUGCCAAAAGUCAAGGCCCGGAAGAUACGUUAAAAGAAAUAAACGUUAGUGAUCAAGUCGCGCCUGAAAGGAAG